UAGCCACGGGCCACCGCGGUCCCUCUCCUCCUCAUCCCGCAGAGUCUCCGUGGACCAAGCCUAUAAACCACGCGCGCACUCCACCCCCACACAGCCCGGCCACUGUCACGAGGGAGGGUCGAUACGCCGCGUCCACGCAGGCGAGCCAGCGAGCAGAGCAGAGCCAGCGCCCGUGCUGCUCCUCCUCCCGUCCCCUUCUUCCCCCUCCUCCGCCGCGAGAUAUUUCUCCUCUCCCGUCCGCUCCGCCGUCGCCGUCGCCGUCGCCGUCGCCGUCGCCAUGAACUGCCUCCAGCACCUGCUCAAGGAGCCUCCGAUCUUAGCGGGAUCCAGAUCGAUGAGGCGGCCCUCGCCGCUCAACCUCGCCAUGGUUCGCGGAGGGAGUCGCCGCUCCAACACCGUCAAGACCGCAUCCGGGACAUCCACUUCCAGCGCGGAGAACAGCGCGUUGGAGCCCGGCGCGGAGAAGUCCGAUGCGUAUAGCACCAACAUGACACAAGCCAUGGGAGCAGUGUUGACGUACAGGCAUGAGCUUGGAAUGAAUUACAAUUUUAUAUGCCCAGACUUGAUUGUAGGCUCCUGCUUACAGACCCCAAGUGAUGUUGAUAAGCUUCGGGAGAUUGGUGUAAAAACUGUAUUCUGCUUGCAGCAAGAUCCAGACCUUGAAUAUUUUGGAGUUGACAUCCAUGCCAUUCAAGACUAUUGUCUAGAAUGCAAAGACAUUGAGCACUGCCGUGAAGAAGUUAGGGAUUUCGAUGCUUUUGAUUUGCGACUGAGGCUUCCUGCUGUGAUUAGCAAAUUGUACAAGCUUGCCAGCCAUAAUGGUGGAAUAACAUAUAUACAUUGUACUGCUGGACUUGGAAGAGCUCCUGCUGUUGCACUGGCAUAUAUGUUCUGGAUUCUUGGUUACAAUCUUAACGAAGGACAUCAACUACUACAGAGUAAAAGGCCUAGCUUUCCGAAGUUGGAAGCCAUCAAAUUGGCAACAGCUGACAUUCUCACGGGCUUGUCAAAAAACUGCAUCACUUUGAAGUGGAAAAAUGGCAGUUGUUCUUCUGUUGAAAUUUCUGGGCUUGACAUUGGGUGGGGACAGAAAAUUCCCCUGGCAUAUGAUGAGGAGAAAAAAGCAUGGUUUCUUGAGAGAGAGUUACCUGAAGGACGGUAUGAGUACAAAUAUGUAGUGGAUGGCAACUGGGUGUGCAACGAACAUGAGAUGAAGACCAAGCCCAAUGCCGACGGCCAUGUGAAUAACUACAUCCAAGUUGCCAGGGACGGCACGAGCGAUGAAGAGAAGGCAAUGAGGGAGCGAUUGACUGGCCCAGACCCUGAUCUAACAAAAGAGGAAAGGCUGAUGAUUAAAGAGUACCUGGAACAGUACACUGAGCAAUAAGAGAACUUCCCUUGCUGGAAAUGCCAGGGGUGCGACCGGCUGGAGAUGCAGCUGGGAAACACCUACUGAUGAAAUGGAACUAGAGUUCGCAUCUUCGAAGCGCUGCUGUGCUCAGAUCGAGUAGCAAGUAGCUCUUAACUGGAAAUAGUUUGGCUCGAGUUCUAAUCACUAUUAGCAGUUUUCCUCAUCUUCUCUUCUGUAAACACACGCGUGCUCCAUGAAACGAGCAAUCAGUGUCCCUGACAGUACCACCAUUGUAGUAUAAAAGUAAAAUAAGGGGAAUUUGAGGAUUUGCCACGCCUUUAAUUACACUUUGAGGAUUUGCCCCUGUUUACCCUGUAACUGAGGAUUUACCACGCAUUUGCUGUAAUCUUGAGGAUUUGCCCUCCGUACACGGUUUGGAUCAUUUGGCAGAUUAUAGUAUAAAUUAUGUGACCAAAA